GAGAUCAUCGGCUGAUUCUUGGGCGUGAUGGGACAUCCGCGUGCUUCCAGGUCUGGCACCAGCCACAAGAUGUCCCAGUAUUCUGUAAAGAGGAAGGUGAUGGAUACUCACUAAAGCACAGUGCCCUCCAAUCACAGCGGGGCUCUGACUCAUCAUUGUGCCACUUCAAAGCCUGGGAAUGGCUUUCUUGACCCCACCCACUCAAGGGUUCCCUUAAAAGUCAUGGUCACCCCUUCCUGCAGGGAAGAUGAUCUCUGAAAUAUCUGCCGCAACAAGACUGACUAACCUUCUGACUCCCUGAGCUGCUGGAUUUUUUUUAUUUUUUUUUCCUUUUCUCACGCAUGAGCCAGGAGAUCAAGGAACGAGUGCUUAGCUGAAGAAACACUUGGAUAUCACGGAUACUUGGAUUGUCUAUUGGUCCCCAGUGCAUGAAGCUUUUUCCUGUGAUACUACUGAACAAUGCAGUCCAUCAGAGACUUGAAGUCCAACUUCAGCGGCCCUCCUCCCUCCUCCAUGGCUGCUGGUCCCGAUGCCUAUCUCCAGGGCAACAUCAGGCUGACUCUGGAGGACCCUGAACUCUGGAAGAACUUCCAUGAAAUAGGAACAGAGAUGAUCAUCACUAAACCGGGCCGGAGGAUUUUUCCACACUGUAAAAUUAAUCUGGCUGGCCUUAUUCCAUGCGCCAAGUACAUCUUACUGGUUGACAUGGUCCCAGUGGAUGGUUUCAGGUACAAGUGGAAUAAAGAGAAAUGGGAGGUGGCUGGGAAAGCGGAGCCCCAGCCUCCCUGCAGAACCUACCUCCACCCUGACUCUCCAGCCCCGGGGAGCCACUGGAUGAAGCAGUCCGUCUCCUUCCUCAAGCUCAAGCUCACCAACAACACACUCGACCAACACGGCCAUAUAAUUUUGCACUCCAUGCAUCGCUACCACCCGCGCUUCCACAUUGUGCAGGCGGAUGACCUUUUCAGCGUCCGCUGGAGUGUUUUCCAGACCUUCACCUUCCCUGAGACUUCCUUCACAGCGGUCACAGCGUACCAGAACACCAAGAUCACAAAGCUGAAGAUCGACCACAACCCAUUUGCAAAAGGUUUUCGGGAUGAAGGCACUAAUAAAAAAAGGCGUUCAAACAAGAACCCAGCCUGCCUGGAGAAACGAGCCAAGAUGUCAGACGUCUUGAUCAGAAACUCAGAGGACAGUCCGACAGACUUCUGCCGGUCAUCGUAUGAGGGUUACGAUGGAGAGGAAAGAGACCUUCCCAAAAGGAAAGAGGUUGAUGGCGUCAAAGAGGAGCGAUACUCCCCAUGGACUGCUGACAGGGAGCACAGUGUGAGGACAGAAUCCCCCGCCGGGGCAGACCCCAGGGACAUAUACAACACGGAGCAGCUCGUUCCUGCUCCAGCUUCCUACCAGCCGUACAGGUUCCAUGAGUACGGGAAGUCUCCCUCUCCCUCCUCCAGCGUCGGCAGCAGCAACAGCGGAUCCGGACGCAGCAGCUUUGAGUCCAGAGUCCCUGAUGUCGCCACCGUACCCGAUCACGACCCCUCAAAGCCACGUACACAUGAGGUUGGCCCUUCCCCCUGCGGCCCCCACCCCCUCCCUGCCCCACAGGACUACCCGGGGGUCCUCAACAUGACCAUGGCCCAGCAUGGCAAGCCGGCGGUGAUCGGCCACCACAUCUACAGCCCGUACAGCGCCGAGCAGCCCCUGGGCCAGUGGAGCGGCGCCGGGCCGGCCCAGUACCCUCCCCCUCCCCACCUGACCACUGACUACAGCACGCAAGCUGUGCACCACGGCUAUCACCAUGGGAACGUGGCUGAGUGGAGCCAGUACCCACUGUUCUCUUACUCCUGCUGGUGAACGGAGCUUCCAUGUUCAAUGCUAACUGACUGAGAGUGACUUUUAGCCAUGCUGCUGCUGCGCCACCGCCAUCUUGCCAGAAUGCUGAGCCAGCGCUCCCAGCUGUGAGAAUGCAUGCCCAGAGACGGACAGCUGAGGGCCAGAGGCCUGCCAAACAGUAGAAAAAGUGAUGAGCUGAUGAGAAGAAUUAUAAGGAGACGUCUGUAGCUGCCUUCUGUUCGGACCGGCAGGUUUCAGACUCCAGUUAUGCUGAUUGAAAGCAAAGUGUCCUACGCCCUACUGUUUGAUUGUUUUAUUGUUGAAAUGUCUAUUUAUUUUGUAUUUCAUCUCAUCUCCCAAGUUUAAAUAUUAUUUUUGUAAAAGAGAGUAAAACAUAAGUGUGCAAUUCAUGUCUGUCUUCAAAUUGUGAUGUGAUCUGGGAAUAAAAACCUUAAAG